AUGUCAGCUGACGGUGCCGAAAGUGUUAUUUAUGUUGGUGAUGGACGUAUACAACAGAGAAGUGUUGAUAUUAAAGAUUUAGAUGAUGAUCUGGCUCAGCAGCAUCAACAGCAACAACAACAACAACAACAACAAAAAGAGCAACAGGAACACCAAAUCAAUAAAAAUCGCUCGAAACUUCUUCAUAAAGGUCUUCAUCAUUCGUAUCAAGAAGCAUCGACAAAUCUUAUUCCUCCUAUUUUAUCAAAGUCAAGUAUGCUUCAACAACGUAGCUUAUCAACAAAUAUUCCGCUUGUCGAGAAUUAUACAACAAAUCGAACAAAUUGCUCGCAAUUAUCCAAUACAGAUCAGACAAAUCUAAAUAGUGGCAAUGAUUAUGAUUAUAAUUAUAAAAUUGUGCAAUCACCAUCAUUUACUCGGACAGCAAGUAAAAAACGACGAGAAUUCAGUAAAGAUAAACGAAAUGCCUCAUCAAAUGCUACGAUUUCACAUACUACAACUGAUAAAUAUCAAGCUUUAGUGUAUCAAACUAAUGAAACAAAUAAAAAUUCAUCAUUAUCAUCGUCAUUACAAGUUCGACAUCCUGAUCUUCGUCGAACUAAAUCAGAUGAAUCAAGAAAUUCUAUUGUAAUAAAUCAGGAUGAGUCAUCUAGAAUGGAAUUGAAACCAUCUACAAGUGAAACAAAAUCCGAUACUCAGAUACCAUUGAGCACUGAUAGUAUAGUUGUUUCUGGUCCCUCUUCAAAUCACAUUCGACAACAUCUUUCUCCAAAUGUAAAUAAUAUAGUCAACGUUCGUCAUGUUCUCCAACGUUCACCAUCUUCAACAACACCAUCGGCUACAUCGAGUUCACAAGUAGUAGCGUUUCGUUCUCAACGUGGUUCAAUUUCAUUCGAUACCCAAGCACCGUUAAUCAGUUCUCCUGCAACAACAGUAAAUAAAGCAAAAUCUUCAACAACAUAUUCAAUUCUUCCAACAUGUAUAACAAAGCCUCGUCUAAAAUUUAGUAUGGUCCGUGAUACAGCUAUGGCUAGUUUAGGCCAUAAUGCACCAGUUUAUUCAAUGCCAAUAACACGAGAUUAUAGUAUCGAUGAAAAAACGAAUCGCAUUGUUAAUGAAUUCCUUAUGCAUGAUCCAUCGUUAGAAAGUAGAAAAAAUAUCAGCGAAGAUGUAUCCUAUCGAGGAACACCAAAACGUCAUCAUCAUCGAAUGCGACAGAAAACAUUUGAAGAAACAAUAUCAACAACUAAUAUACAAAAACAAUCGCAAUCACAAUCACAAUCACAAUCUCAACAACAACAACAACCACCUCGAUCACCAGUUAAUAAACAACGCCAUCAUAGUUCUGCACUAACAAAUAUACGUAAACAUUCUCAUAGUCAAUAUCCAUCUGUACAUCUCAAUGACAAUAAUCAACAGAAAGAAGAAGAAGAAGCAGAAGAAAAAGAUAGUAGUGAUCCAACACCACUUUUCUUGAAACUAGGCCAAUCACCAACAGCUAUUACUCGACGAGAAAAUAUCAUGGCAGUUGAAUCCCCAUCGAUUAUUAUAACUGGUGAUGAUAGUGGUAGUCAAUAA